UCCAGGCAACAUGAAUCCUGUCCUCUGUCUCCCCCUGCUGGCUGUGCUCCUCCAGCAUGCUCUGUGUGUCUACAACUGCUCCUCAGAGUACGAGAGGACUCCAGACAGCUCUGAUCUGACGGUUGAAUGCGGCACCACCAUGAUAACCGUAGAGGUCAACCUGUGCUCGGCCCAGUGGGCAGGCUUCAACGCCUCCAUGCUGGCUCUCAAUGGGAACCACGACAACAUCGCAUGCCUGGGCUCCAUCGAUGAGAGCAGGGACCCUCCGAUCGUCCGUUACCACCUUCCUGUGAACAGCAGUGGGGAUAACUCCUGCCGUCAGUCUCUGCAGAUCGUGGACGAAGUGCCAGAUCCUACUGGUCCCUUCAGUAGUUUCUCAAAUAUCCAGUCGGUUAUCAUUACAUCGUACAUCGACACCCCGAAAUCGGAUGCGGGCAUCAUCAGCUACUCCACAGACCUGUACUACUACUUCUCCUGCCGCUACCCUCUGGAGUACCUCAUCAACAACACAAAGAUUGUUGCCUCCUCGGUGUCUGUGGCAACCACCAGUAACAACGGGAGCUUCAUCGAUAUGCUUAAAAUGAGUGUUUUUAAUGACACAGACUACAGGCAUCCGUUGGUUGUGCCUCCAACGGGACUUGAGCUGCGAACCAAAGUCUAUGUGGAGGUGAAGGCUGUUAACCUAACGGGAAAUUUCAACGUCAUGCUCGACCACUGCUUUGCGACUCCCAGUCCUUACAACAUGACUCAGAAGGAGCAAUACAACUUCUUCACCGGUUGCGAGGUCACAACAAGGACGUCCGUGACAGACAACGGUAUUUCCGACGUGGCCCGGUUCAACUUUGAGGCCUUCCGCUUUGUUCAGCACAGAGACCAGGAGAAGUCCAGCAUCUACCUGCACUGCAUAAUGAGACUGUGCGAGCCCAGCAAAUGUCAAGAGCUGCUGUCUAUUUGUAAUGCCAGACGUAAAAGAUCAUUGACUCCUUUCGGAGAAGAGGGCAGCGACUCGGCCACCGUCUCAGUCGGCCCGCUGUACACCGCCCGACAAGAUCAGCCCGAUCAGCUGGCAGCUGGCUCUACAGGCAACACUGUAGCGUCAGCGACUGCUGGUGUGGAUGCGACCAGCCUGGCGGUGUGGCUCAUGUUUGGAUCGCUUGCUGCGCUGCUGCCCGACGUGGCGGCUGGUUUGUCCUGAACAAGUAUUAUUCGACUGGAGGAAUAACUUCGACAUGAUAAAUUAGAUUGACUGAUUAACAGCUUGUGCAAAUUAACUUUGCUCUGUCUCUUUUCAUUAGAUUGUAGAUGUGUGGGAGAAGAUCAAACAAUCAAAUGUUGUGGGAUCUUAUAUAACUUUUUCUGUCUGCGCUCUUGCACUCACUUGGACUUUCCUGGUUACACUGCAAAAGCAGAUCUAAAAAUAAGUAAAAUGUU